AUCCCAAAUUGCGCCCGGAAAUUAAGGAGGUAUAUAAAUUGAUACAUCAAGACAAUAUGAUAUCAGGUGAGAUAUAUAUUUCAACCAUAGAUGAAUAUCUAGAUGGUGAACAACCAACAGAAAAACAGCAAGAUGGUGAACAACCAACAGAAAAACAGCAUGGUGGUGAACAGCCAACAGAAAAACAGCAAGAUGGCGAACAACCAACAGAAAAACAGCAAGAUGGUGAACAACCAACAGAAAAACAGCAAGAUGGUGAACAACCAACAGAAAAACAGCAAGAUGGUGAACAGCCAACAGAAAAACAAAAUAAACAAUUAACAAAUGAAAAGCAAGAAGAUAUUCUUGAUAAAUUGUUCAAGAUGUUUAAACUUACUUCAGAAAAACUUUCUAUUGAAGAGCGUGAGGUGGCUAAACAAUGUGAUCCUGAAAAAAUAGCUGAUAUAUUUAAACGUAGCAUGGAAGAAUAG